AUGAUCGGUCACGGUGCUACGGGAAUGCUUGGGGAAGAUGGUAUCCAUGUUGAUAUGAACCACCUGAAGAGCGGAGAAGUCAACCUAGGAACUUCGAUUAUGGCAAUCAACUUCAAGGAUGGUGUGAUCUUGGGCGCAGAUAGUCGGACGACCACCGGAGCAUACAUUGCCAACCGAGUCACCGACAAAUUGACACAGGUUCACGACACCAUUUGGUGCUGUCGAUCCGGUUCGGCUGCCGAUACGCAGGCAGUGGCAGAUAUUGUGGCCUAUCACCUCAAUAUGUAUGGAAUUACCAACAAUGAGCCUCCCAGUACCCAGGUGGCUGCGUCGUUGUUCCAAGAGUUGUGUUAUGAGAACAAGGAUAUGCUGAGCGCCGGAAUCAUCAUUGCCGGAUACGACCCGCGACACGGUGGUCAGGUGUACUCGAUACCUUUGGGAGGAUCUCUACACAAGCAGCCUUUCUCUAUCGGCGGAUCGGGAUCGACCUACAUCUACGGUUACUGUGACGCAAACUGGAAGGAGGACAUGACAGAAGAAGAAGGCAUCAAGUUUGUGCGGGGCGCGCUGCAAGAGGCCAUCAAAUGGGAUGGUAGCUCGGGAGGUGUCAUUCGUCUGGUGGUUUUGACAUCUAAGGGUGCCGUGAGACAUUUGUAUCUGCCGGACACGGGCUACACCGGACCGGGUGCGACGCAGUCAUGA